UGCACUGGCAGAUGCUCGUCUUGCUCACUGGAGCAGUCACCAGUGAGAGAGAUGGCGACGCUGACUGUUGAGGACGUGCUGCGGGUGAAUGGCAGUCGCCGGUUCGCCGUCGCGCUGGCCGCCGCCUCCCCCUUCGGCUCUCUCGCCGACGCGCUACUCGCCGCCCGCCGCAUCUGGCGCAACGAGGUGGACGUGCCUGGAUGGCUGGAGGCCUUCGCCGCCAACCCGCCCCUCGGCACCACCUCCCUCUCCAUCUCCAAAUGGAGCAAGGAGGAGCAAUCAGUUGCGCGUUCCACGGCGACUCAUUCGACUGCACAGGACUUGUCCGAAUGGAAUGCCAAAUACAGGGACAAGUUUGGGUUUGUCUUUCUGAUAUGCGCAACUGGGAGGACCGCCCCCGAGGUCUUAGCUGAGCUCAAGAGGCGUUAUGCAAAUAGGCUGAUUGUUGAACUUGAGAUUGCGGCAGCGGAAGAAUUGAAGAUAACUGAACUGCGUCUUGCAAAACUUUUCUCGCCAGAGACUGCAGCUCCCCGACUUCAGUUAUUAGCCAACCAGUAAAAACAUCAGGGAUGAUAAAAGACCGCAGGAAAGUUGGGGAGUAUAUCGAUGAAGAUCCAGAUCUAUAAGAUGGAGUCAAAGGGACUAUGGGGACGGCAACUGCGAAGAAGAGCAUGGCUAGCAGGCAUAUGCAACGAGUAAUAGUGGUUGGUGUAGCGGCAACCACAUUUGAAAUAACCAAUCAUAGCACUAUCAUGGUACCUUGUUAUGUACCAUUAGUUUGUUAAGUUUGAACUUGGGAGAAUUUUGUGGUAUGCAAUAAUAA